AUGUCGCGUUCCGUCCAGAUAAUUCUGGGAAGAGAUAUAGUCGAGUCGCCGGAACACACAGACUCGGACAACAGCGACAGUGACAGCGAUAGCGACGGUGCUCGUUCUGACGGGACAAUUGAGGACAUCGACUCCUAUCCGAGAUGGGGACUGGGUCACCCGCUGCAGCGCAUGGUUCGCAUAGAAAGCAGCGACGACGAUGCGAGCUCGUAUUACAGGAGUGGUUGGUCGUCGUGUGAUUCAGAGUCGGACUCGUCCACUUCGACUAGCUCGUCUGUCGUCUACGAUAUCGACUACGAGAGCCUUAUCGAUGACCUGCUAUUGAAGGAUCCUGGCCUUUACGAAACCAACAGUCUCGUCAUGGUGGAACCAUCUACUCCUACAUCCAAUGACACCCUUAUGAUAAAAUCGUUGUCGCGAACUUCUCCAGAGCUCUUCCUUCUUCUGGAAUUUAAUCAUCCAGAGUAUCGCACGGAUCCCUGGAAUCCCUUUCCUCACAUCCUUUGCGCCGUAGAACGCGACGAGAAAGUGUUCCUAUGCUUGCAGCGGUUGUUCCAAUUCGACAAACCUCCGUUUCGAAAUGUGGCCAACUACCUGGACUUUUUCAGGCAGUCACUAGAGGGCCUCACGUUUCUUCAUGAACAUUACAUAUCUGAACUGUCGUGCUUCAACCCUGCCUCGUUCAUGGUAGACAUUGGUGCUGGCACCUGUUCUCCUACGGUGGAGCACUUUGACCGCUCCAGAUUACCUGUCAAAUACUACUAUGCCGACCUCUCCUCUGCCGUACAGGAUACGGGCCACUUGAAGGCAACCUAUAUAAAAGAUGUCAAGGAAUGUGGAGCGAUGAUCGACCGGCUGCUCUUCAACCUACCCAAGGUCGGACCCAAACUCAAAUCUUUGGUCAAUGCAAUGACUUCCGGUGGAUUCGGCGCUGAUGAUGCGAGGAAGCUAUUUGAAGCGCUUUGCAAGUCCUUAGAAUCAUCCGUGUUCGACCUCCCAGUUCCACCGCGUGACUUGAGCACGCCUUUGAAUGCGCCCUCGAUGACACGUACACGAUCGCACCCUAUCACGAAUAAUUACGACGCUAGCACGGUAACGCUGGUUCCGCCACCCCAGAUCACUAGAUCUCAGUCAAACCCUAAGCCAUUUUGA